UCAACAGCCUCCAUUUGAAUUAAUUUAACAUCUUUCCAAUUCAUUUCAUCAUCUUUAUUCUUUCCCACUCAUCUUAUUACAAUUAGUCUUCAUCAUCAUUACCAGUCAACGUCAUAUUGUAAACAUUCAUCUCCGAGAAAUUCAUCUCUUCUUCAACGAACACCGAGAACUGCUUCUUUUCAUUUGUUCAUAUUUUCUGUGAUAUACCAAACAACAUCAAAUGACCAUCAAAAUGGACUCUCAUCAAGCCAUAUCGAUAUAAAAAUUGAAUUUAGAGAGUUCAAGAAAUCUAAGACUAAAGACUGGUUAUUGAAGACAAUUGACGCUGAAUCCACUUGAAAUAGCUAAUAAUUUGACAAGAACAAAAUUUGGAAAGUUAACGAAAUUAUCUGUCAAUAGGAGGCGAACCUUAAUCCAGAGAGUCAAAAAAGAAUUUAAGCAAAAAUAAGAAACCAUGGCAACAACAAAGACAAUAGGGAAAAAGCCAAAGCUGCUGUCCUUUGAACCUAGUAGACUCGUAAUGUUUAGAAAUCUGAUAAGCAAAGUAGAUCAAGAUUCACCGAUGGUUAAUAAUAUUAUCACAAGUGACACCCAGCCCCGAAAUGGCGAGUCGACCUUUAAAAUUUCGACAUGUGAGUCAUCAUCCAAACUCGAUGCGCGACAAAUUUUAACCCAGGAAAUUACGUUAACAUCGAAAGCUCCUUUAAAGAUUCUGGAGAUGUUGGAAGUUGCUUCCAAUAAUGAUAGCGUUGAUGCUGGCCUUGUUACAGAGGUUUGCAAAUAUCUCAAGAAUAAGGGGAAAGAUUUGGACCGAGGGAAUUACAAAGAAGCCUUGAACCAUUAUUUCAACACCAUCCGGAAUCUCUCUCGUAAUACUAAUCUUGACCCAUCCAGUCGAACUAAACUGUUAGAAGUGGUUGAACUUAGAGCUGGUAAUUGGGGCACUACUGAUGAUCACGCUGCUUUUUAUGAUAAAAAGAAAAUGCCUCUUUCUAAUUCUCAACGCGUAAAUCAGCCAACUCAUGUGAACCUGACCACUUCUACUUCUUCCCCUAUAAUUCCUUCCAACGGUAGUCAAUCUUCGCAAGAGUCUGAUGACACUGUUAUAGCACCAUUAUCAUCAGAAGAUAUCAUCAAAAAUUCAGGGAAAUUUCAAAAACCUGUAAAAGUUCCCGGAAAAAACUUUCUGAAAGAUGAAUUUGUCAUUAAAAAUAGUGACUCAGGAAAAGUCAUGGGAAUCAAAGGAAGGCGAGUUCAUCUUAUUGAAGAAUUAAGUGAUACUGUCAUAUCUUUUCAAAGAGUCAACCCAGGAGCCAAAGACAGGUUGCUUCAGAUAACUGGUCCCGAUGAAUCUUCCAUCAAUAAAGCAAAGUAUUACAUCGAAGAUACAAUUAAACGAAACGCCUCGCCCAUACCUUGUGAUCAACAAACUCAAACAAAUCAACUAAACCAAACUCGGAAUAUUACAUCAGCAAGCUCCCCAGCUGUUAAUAAGCUUUUGUCUAAUGAAGAGCCUAAUACUCCUCAUAUGCAAACUAUUUCCAUUGGAAAUGAUAUCGUGAUAAUUGCUAGCUCAGUACCAAAAUUGGCUCUCGAAGCAAGAACCGUUCUUGAAGACCAUUUCCUCUUCAAAAAAUCGUCUGGUUCAUCCAAAAAUGAAUCUCGUGAGCCAAGCGAAAGCAGUGACUCUGAUCUUUCUGUGAUCCAGUUAAAACCUCUCAAUAGUUCAAAUGGAAAUUUGACAAAGGUUACCAAAAAUGAUGAAUGGGGUAAUUUGGGUACAAGCUCUUUUGUUCAAAAACAAGCCAACAAGGAUUCAACAAAAGAGAACAUAUACCAAAAAUCAGCCUCUCAUGGAUCUCUUGCUACUGGGAAUCGAAUUCAAUCCAUACCUAUGAAUCGAAAAGAUGCCUUAAAUGGAAAGAAAAUUGUUUAUGAUCGUGAUUUUUUGUUAAAGUGUUCAAAAUCAAAGAUAUGCAAAAUUCCACCAGAUGACGUGAAGAUUGCUGCUCAGCAAAUUCCGGAUAUAGCUCGAAAGCCACGACAAACGCGAGCUAAUUCAGUUGAAUCUGCAGUUGCUUAACUUAUAAUCAAGAAUAUCUGACAAGAGAGUCUAAGAAAGGUUCAAAUCAAUGCAAAAUUUAUUAAAUUCAAAUGAAAACGAUUACUAGUUAAAGUAUAAUGUUUACUUUGGUGCCAAUCAAGAGAUUAUCUAUAAUUGAGUUGACCAAUUAUUGGUAUUUCAAUGUGCCUUCUAUCUGUUAACUUCUAUAAAUUCUGUUUAUCAUUGACCUUCUUUUUGUUGAAACAAUUAAAAUAUGCCAAAAACUAAUAAAUAUUUAUGAAAAUAAGAAA